AUGACAGGCCUACUCCAGUUGAUCAGACCGCGGGAGAUCUGCCCUUUAUUAUUCAACAAGAGAAUCCAAGAUAAAUCGAACAGGCCACAAGCUUCUCUGAAUUGCCGUACUGGUACAUCCCCAAUCGUCAUCUGGCAUGAUGACGAUAAUGACGAGAGUUCUACCAUCUCAGGAUCUUUAACACUUGAAGUCACUGAUGAUAUGGUCGAGGUGCAAAGCCUCUAUGCUAUACUACGAGUCCACAUAGUCAACAGAAAGCCUUUCAAGAAAGGCUGCAAAGGUUGCAAACACAAUUUUACAGAGCUCAAACACUGCAACAUCAUUACAACAGCCACCACUUUAAACAAGGGCAUUUAUACUUAUGACUUGUCAUAUCGGGUGCCCAGCUACCUGCCUCCAUCCAUGGAAACAUCGAUUGUCUCGGUCAGCUAUGAGUUUGAAGCGAUAGCAUCCCUUCGAAAAUUGGGACAAUCACCAACCAGCCUUCAGACCCUUGCUCUGCAUCGUGUUCUCCCCGUUGCACGAUCAAUACCUGUGAUGGACACUCAAACAUACUCAAACCGGAUCUAUCAGAUGGCAGGAAUAGAGGUGGGGUGUGCCUUUGAUACAGUGAUGAACCCGAGGAUUAAGAAUCGAGCCACAUUUACUAUGAGCGGGCUUCGAAGCAGUCCUGGCAACAGCGAGGAUAUUCAUUUCUGGCGCGUAUGUAGUGGGACAUGGAUACUGGAAGAGACUGUCAAAAGCACAGCAUCGGCGUGUCUUUCUCAUUGUCGUCAAAAUAAAGGCGACAACACUCGAGAGCGAAGAAAGCGGACGAUACUCGGACACUCAGCAUUCUACGACGGAUGGACAACCGACGACGAUGCAGGGACUUUGAGCAUGGAUUUCUAUUAUUCCAUACAAAAAAGCCUGGGUCAUUACACACAAGAUACAGGCGAUGUAGGCGACACUUCAGUCUCUCAUGCUUUGGUGAUGGAGGUGCAGAUGAUGAAGGAGAUUUACCCCAAUGGAAGACAGGACUCGGCGAGAAGAACAGGUAUCGGAAGGAUACUUCGCUCUGAACACCGUGUUGUACUGAGUGACUACACAACGUUAUCAAACCAGAUAUCCGGAGAGAGCCUGCCACGGUAUCAGGACGUGUGCACGGGACCCCCUGUAUACGAGGAAUAA